UGUUGAUUGUUUGACAUUUGAAGAAGACGCAAAACAUUGGAUAAAAAAAACAUUGUUUAUUCCGGAUGAUUUACGGUGCACCAAAGAACGAAGCAUAAAUACGACGUCAUUAUACAUUCAGAUAACAUUUAGAGGGUUUGUACAGAAUACAAGAAUUUUGAUAGGAACGGAAGCUAUUUACAUCAUUGAGACGGCAUACAAUUUUGUGAAGAGGAAUUCACGGCAGAGAAAUAUUGUGCUAUAUCGCAAUCGUUAAAUCGAACGAAAUUGGUUGACCCAAAUCCGAAAUGGGUGAUUCUAAUGAACCGGUUAGCAAGCGGCUACGCCGACGUAAGGACACGACCACAUCAGAAGCAUCGAAAUCUUCAACAAAACCUCCAGGAAAUACUUUACCUACCUCAGAGCUAGCUUCAGAUAAUUUACCAGCGCAUGAAAAUGUGUCAAACUCAUUGUUGCGUCUGACCGAUGGUUGCCUACAAAAGUUGUUUGAACGGUUGGACAUCGAAAGCCUGUGUCAAAUGGCAAACGUAUGCAAGCGAUUCAGACCAAUCAGCGAACGUGCAUUCAGUGAACGCCACAAAAAAUUCGUCUUCGAAGGACGAUCAUGCAAAAAUUCGGUGUUUCGUCGUGUGCUCUGCAAAUUUGGCCACUUGAUUACAACAAUCGAUGCAUCUGAAGCUCACUUUGUUCCAGGUGAAAAACUUGAUGUCGGUGCUAUCGCUAAAUACUGUUCCAACAGCUUGGACAAAUUGAUUUUACAAAAAGCCACAAUUGACUGCGACGUGGUCAAGCCGCUGUUCUCGCGUUUGAAGUAUUUGGAUCUGGCCAUGUGUGAUUUUACCGGUAACAAAAAUGGUUUGUUCGCAAAUUGCCCAAAUCUUGAAUUUUUUGGAUUUGAAGCUGAUUUCUGUGGCCCUGAUCCACUCGAUAUGGGCCGUGAUCGAUCAAUCCGUUUUGUUGCGAAGAAAUUUCCGAAAUUAGAAUCGGUUGCAUUCGAUUGUUCGUACACCGGAUUUUGGACAUUUUUUGAUUUAUUAAAACUCAACCCGCAAGUGAAGAUUCUUGAUAUCAUAGCACCCUCAGAAGACAUGUACAUUCAAUCGGUUGUUCAGUACACGAAAAAUGUGGAAGCCUUGGCGAUUCACACGGGCUUUAUGUCAACAACACCAGAAAUUCAAACCCGAAAAGUAUUCCUGCAGCUCAGCAAAUUGAAAAAGUUACAGAAGCUAUUAAUUGAAGCAGGCGAUGAAACUUACGGCAAAUUGGUUGCUCCGCUUAUGGAUGCAUUUGCAAAAGAUAAAGUACCCAUUAAUCGCUUGAAUCUUCGAGAAUUCACCAUCGGUUCCAAGGAAAUCAAAAGCAUUCUCAAAUUAAAGACAAUGAAGAUUAUGAGCUUGGAUGAAGUUGUAAAUGUUACUGACGCUGAUUUGGUACCGUUGACCAAAGAGUUGCCGCUGCUGGAAAAUCUGCAACUGUACUUCGGAACGAAGGCCAGAACACCAAUCACAGUCAGCGGGCUCGCUAAAAUGAUUAAAGCUGGAAAGCACCUUGAUUACGUAGCAUUGGUGGGCGUACAGAAUUUGAAGAUCGACAAGAAAGCAUUCGAUGACCUACUAAAGGCUGCACAAAGUCGCGGCAACGAGAAGACACUCACGAUUGACAUCGUUGGGAAGAAAAAAACGACCAGCUUCAAUGUUCCAGAGAACAUUCAAAGAGCAGGCGACAAACAUAUGAAAAUCUUGUACACAACGAGUGACUAAACUGCAGAAAUAACAAGCGAAUAGUUCAGGCGACACCAUCGGAAACAGAAUUAUUCUAACCGUUGAAUGGUUGACUUCUUUUUUUAGUUUUUGUAGUUGUACCGCUUUUUACAAAAGUAUCAUCAUUAUUUCAAUAAUAAUAAAAAAAAACUCGUAAUGUCAACAGACAUAUUCUCAGCAAAGAAAUAAAAUUACAGUAUAUUUUACGUUGUUACGUUCCAAACUUAAAAAAAACAUUCUCACAAAAAAAGAUUCGAAAUGUUUAUAGUUUAGAACAAGAAAUAAAUCUUGGAAAAUAAA